CGGCCGAGGCACAACUUUUUCUCGAGGCCGAGGAAAAUCCAGGCGCGCACUCGGGCACGGAAAUAUAGUCCCUGCCUCCCUCCCUGCCUGCCAGCCGGCCUGCCUCCCUGCCUGUCUCCCUCGGGCUGGAAGGCGGGCUCCGGACGGCGGGCGGGGGCUGGGCCGUCGGGGCGCCCCGAGGAGGCCGAGUCUUGUGCCCGGGCGCCCCCUCCCACUCCCACUCCCACUCGGCACUAAGUCGCUCUCUCCCCACUCGCACACUGCCAACUUGCUUUGCAGCUCCCGGAGUUGUUCCUGCCUGCCCUUGCUGUGGCCGCUUUUCGCCCGCUUGGAGCUCGGUCGGAGUGGGGUGGCUAUCGUGGUCCGGCUAGGGGAGGGGGGCCAUCUGCUGUGGAUUUUUUUUGGUGGGGGAGGGGGCUGAUUCCUCCCCCCUCCCCCGCCCCGUCAAGUUUCCCCCCUUUCCCUUCGUCCUCCUCUUUCCCUGGGAGGAAGCUAGGGGAUCGUAGCCCUAUCUCUGCUCCCCUGUGAGGCCUGACAGCCUCCCUGGGAUCGAGGCUCCAACUGGCUGCAAAGUGCCCGACAAGUUACAGGAAUGGAGCUCCAGAGCCUCCAGGAGGCGUUAAAAGUGGGGAUCCAGGGUCAUCAGAACGGCGACCUUAAGAAACAGCUCCCAGAGAGGCAUUCCCGGAUAGCGGCCCUUAACCAGAGACAAGUAAGGCUGACUCCCGCCGUUCUUCACUCAGCUGCCGGUCCUGAGGCCUUGGGCACCAUUGCAGCAGUACCCAUUAAAGUUCCUCAGGUCAGCUCCUUGCACAGGUUGGCGGGGCAAGGACCAGCAGCGCUACCUCAGGUCAGGCCAAAGACCCUGAUUCCCGACAGCCUUCCCAUCUCCCCAUGCCGAGAGCGCCCAUCCAAGCAGACACCAAGCUUCCAGAAGGCCGCCGUCAUCAGCAUCAAAAACCCCAGCCCGGCCCUCCCCACUGCCAACAACACCGUCAGCCAACCUGUGGUGGAGCCGGCUGCCCUCACCUCCCCCCUGAGUGGGGCUGGGGUCGCCUACGCCAUCAUCUCCACGUCCCCCAGCAAUGCUGCCUCUCCCAUCAAACCCAGCUCUGCCACUGCCAGCGCCGCUGCCACCGUCUCCAUGGUCAGAGACAGCAUCAAAGUCCAGCCUCUCCUCAUCAGUGCCGACAACAAGGUCAUCAUCAUUCAGCCUCAAGUUCAGACCCAGCCCGACAGCAAGGCAGAGGCAGCAAAGCCUUCAGAAGAGUUGUCUCAGGGAGCCCAGGCCUCUAAAAAGAAGAAAGAGGCAGCUCCUGAUGUCCCGGAGAAUCCAGAGAAAAUCGCCUUCAUGGUGGCCUUAGGCCUGGUCACAGCAGAACACCUGGAAGAAAUCCAGAGCAAGCGUCAGGAAAGGAAGAGGAGAAGUACAGCGAACCCAGCAUACAGUGGCCUCCUGGAGACCGAGCGGAAACGCCUGGCAUCCAACUGUCUAAACAGCCCUUUGUUCCUGUCAACAAGAGCAAAUGAGGAGCCCUGCUGGAAGAAUGAGAUCUCCCAUGAGGAGGUGUGUGUGAUAUGUAAGAGAGGCACCACCUUGCAGCCCUGCGGCACCUGCCCGCGGGCCUACCACCUCAGCUGCCUCGACCCCCCACUCAAAGCCACACCCAAGGGUGUCUGGGUGUGUCCCAAGUGCCAAGAGAAGGUGUUGAACAAAGAUGAAAAUGUGCCCUGGACGGGGAUGUUAGCCAUUGUUCACUCCUACGUCACUCACAAAACAGUCAAAGAAGAGGAGAAGAGAAAGCUCCUGAAAAGGAGCAGUGAGCUGAAGAGUGAGCACAGACAGCUGGAACAGAAGGAUCGGCUCCUGAACACGGCCGUGAAGAAAUGCCUGGAGCUCAAGACCAGCCUGCUUACCCAGCGGAAGGGAGCCCAGUCAUCCCUGGAGCGACUCCGGGCUCUCCUCCGUCUCAUACAGAAUGAGCAGAUGCUUCAGGUCACCAUGACCACCACCGCCGCUGCCUCUGCCUCCUCGCUGCUGGCGGUGCCUUGGAUCAAGCCAGCUGCCACCUCCGCCACCAUGGCCAUGCACACAGCCCUCCAGCAGGCCCAGGGGAACAAGUGAGGCCCAGCAAGGAGUGGACCCCACGGGGUCCCUUUGACUUCUUUUGCUAUUGAUGUAUUUUUCUCCUGGCGUUUGGGGGCGUGAUGGAGCAUAGACCGGACAUUGGAGCUUUUCGGCAGGAUUGGGGCUUUCAGUCAUUUGACUUUGGGGUUGGAGCCUUAGUGGGGAGGGGGUUGUUGUUGUUUUUCCUUUGAAAGAGCCAAGAAAUAUUCCAUUUUUUCCGUUUCUUGCCAGUAUGGACACUAUGCCAAAAAAUACUUUUACAUUUUUGUACUGUGUUUU